AGAUUGGACGCCGUGGCGGUUAGAAGUACAAGUAGUUCCCGCGUCGCUCGCCGAUUCGCGUAUUCCGACCACAUUCCACACACCAUCCUGGGUGUAGUUGUGUGCGUUCUUCGGUAGUGUUGGUUGUUCCGAAGAAGGUGGUCGCGCUUUAUUUUUAAUUCUUCCUUGGACGGAAAUUCUCGAACCACGGUGAAGAUACUCGAUGUUUCCGGUGUAGCUCUUGGCCAGGAUGACUUUGGCGACCGGGAUCGUCGCGUUGGCGCUAUGCCUCGGCUGCGGGAUACUGUCCGCGAACGCAGAAUACUACCAAAAAGACUACUACUCAGAGUACAACUGUAACGAACCGCUGCUGGAACAUGCCAAACUGACCGCCACAUCGCAGCUUCGGGAACGAGGACCGGAAAAUGCCCGUCUCAACGCUGGCAGUGCCUGGACCGCCCAGCAGUCCGACUUUGAGCAGCAGCUCAUCAUCGAUCUGGGCACGGUCCGGAACGUGACCCGAAUCGAAAUCCAGGGCCGUCCGCACAGUAACGAGUACGUCACCGAGUUCAGUAUCAGCUACGGCUUCAACGGGCUGGACUACAUCGACUAUAAAGAACCGGGAGGCAACACUAAGCUCUUCAAAGGCAACAAGGACGGCGACUCGAUACGCCACAACGCAUUCGAAGUGCCAAUCAUCGCCCAGUGGAUUCGGAUCAAUCCGACCCGCUGGCAGAACCGCAUCUCGCUGCGCACCGAACUCUACGGAUGUGGUUAUGAAUCCGACAACAUCUACCUCAACGGAACCAGUCUGAUCCGGUACGAUCUGCUGCGGGAUCCGAUCGCGGCCACUCGCGAAACCAUUCGGUUCCGGUUCAAGACGGCCGUGGCGAACGGAGUGCUGCUGUACUCGCGCGGAACCCAGGGAGACUUUUUCGCGCUCCAGAUCAAGGACAACCGGAUGAUCUUGAACUUGAACCUGGGUCUGCACGAGAUGACGUCGCUGUCGGUGGGCAGUCUGCUGGACGACAACAUCUGGCACGACGUGGUCAUCAGUCGCAACAGGAGGGACAUUAUGUUCAGCGUUGAUCGGGUGAUCGUGGAGAAGCGGAUCAAGGGAGUGUUUGAUAAGCUGAAUUUGAAUCGAGCGUUCUACGUCGGCGGAGUUCCCAACAUGCAAGAGGGGUUGAUCGUGCAGCAGAACUUUACCGGUUGUAUCGAGAAUCUGUACUUUAACGCGUCCAACUUUAUCCGCGAGAUGAAGGAAGCGUUCUACGAGGGCGAGCACCUGCGGUACACCAAGGUGAACGUCAACUACAACUGUCCGGAGCCGCCGAUCAGUCCGGUGACGUUCCUGACGCGAGGAUCGCACGCUCGGCUAAAGGGUUACAACGGAGUGAAGCAGAUGAACGUGAGCUUCUCGUUCCGAACGUACGAGGACAAGGGUCUGAUGCUGCACCAUGACUUCUCGAAGGGUUUCGUGCGGGUGUAUUUGGAGGAUGGUAAGGUUAAGGUGGAACUGAAGACGGAGAAUGAGGAAAGUGCACCGUCGACGAUCCUGGACAACUACGACGAGCAGUUCAACGAUGGAAACUGGCACUCGUUGAGCUUGGCGCUCAAGAAGAACAGCCUGAUCCUGAGCAUUGACGAACGGCCGAUGAUCACCUCAAAGCAUGAUCCAAAUUCGGGUGAUUCAGGGAUCGAAAGACUGCUGGACAUCUACACGACCGAGUUGUACUACAUUGGCGGUGGCAAGACCAAGGACGGCUUUGUGGGAUGCAUGCGGACCAUCAUAAUCGACGGUAACAUCCGGUUGCCGUCGGAUUGGAAGGACGAGGACUACUGCUGUAAGGGGGAGAUGUUGUUCGAUGCAUGCCACAUGAUCGACCGGUGUAAUCCGAAUCCGUGCAAGCACAGUGGAGUAUGCCGGCAGAACUCGAUGGAGUUCCACUGCGAUUGUGCUGGAACUGGGUACGCUGGAGCCGUUUGCCAUACGUCGUUGAAUCCGCUGUCUUGCCAGGCCUACAAGAACGUCAAUACGGUGCAGUCAAGGACGAUGAUCAAUAUCGAUGUGGACGGAAGCGGUCCGUUGGCACCGUUCCCGGUAACGUGCGAGUUCUACUCAGAUGGUCGCGUAAUCACGGUGUUGAGUCACAGUUCAGAGCAUACCACGAGGGUGGAUGGAUUUUCGGAAGCUGGAUCCUUCGAGCAGAACAUUAUUUACGAAGCCGAUCUACCUCAGAUCGAAGCUCUGCUCAACCGAUCUCAGUCCUGCUGGCAGCGGUUGAACUACGCCUGUCGAUCGUCUAGGUUGUUCAACUCACCGUCAGACCCGGAGAACUUCCGACCGUACUCGUGGUGGGUCUCGCGUCACAAUCAACCCAUGGAUUACUGGGCGGGUGCCCUGCCGGGAUCGCGGAAGUGCGAGUGUGGCAUUCUGGGAACCUGCGUUGAUCCGACCAAGUGGUGUAACUGCGAUUCCAACAGUUUGGAGUGGCAAGAGGAUGGUGGCGAAAUCCGAGAGAAGGAGUACUUGCCGGUGAAGGCGUUACGAUUUGGUGAUACCGGAACUCCAGCUGACGAGAAACUGGGAAGAUACACGCUGGGUGCGCUCAAGUGCGAGGGCGACGAUCUGUUCAACAACGUCGUCACGUUCCGUAUUAAGGACGCUACGAUUAAUCUGCCACCGUUCGAUAUGGGUCAUUCCGGUGAUAUCUACUUCGAGUUCAAGACUACCAUCGAAGAUGCGGUCAUUCUGCACGCCAAGGGACCUACGGAUUUCAUCAAGCUGAUCAUCGUCGGUGGAAUGAAGCUGCUGUUUGAGUAUCAAGCUGGUACUGGAACGCAAAAGGUUUACGUGGAAACUGCGUACAAACUCAACGACGACAACUGGCACUCGGUGAGCGUUGAGCGAAACCGAAAGGAAGCACGCCUCGUCGUCGACGGAUCGAUCCGCGCUGAAGUUCGAGAACCUCCAGGCCCCGUUCGUGCCCUGUCCCUGACAUCGGAACUUGUAGUAGGAGCCAGCUUCGACUACCGCGAUGGAUUCGUCGGCUGUAUCCGGGCCCUGCUGCUGAACGGAGAACAGAUCGAUCUGCGAUCGUACGCACAGCGCCGUCUCUACGGAGUCUCGACAGGAUGUGUCGGUCGAUGCGAGUCCAACCCGUGCCUGAACAACGGAACCUGUACCGAGCGGUACGACAACUUCCACUGCGAUUGCCGCUGGAGCGCGUUCAAGGGACCGAUCUGUGCUGAUGAAAUCGGCGUCAACAUGCGCUCCAGUUCGAUCAUCAAGUACGACUUCCAGGGUGCGUUCCGAUCGACGCUGCACGAGAGGAUCCGGGUUGGGUUCACCACCACCAUCCCGAAGGGCUUCCUGUUGGGCUUUUUCUCCAGCGUUUCGAAGGAAUACCUCACGCUGAUGAUCUCCAACUCGGGACAUUUGCGAGUGGUGUUCGAUUUUGGCUUCGAGCGGCAGGAGUUGAUCUAUCCGGACAAGAACUUUGGGCUGGGACAGUUCCACGAUGUGAGGUUCUCGCGGAAGAACGGAGGUUCGGUGGCGGUGAUAGAGGUGGACGAUUAUCCGCCAAAGGAGUACCACUUUGACAUCAAGGACUCGGCGGACGCGCAGUUUAACAACAUUGAGUUUAUGUACAUCGGCAAGAACGAAUCGAUGAAGGAUGGUUUCAUCGGGUGCAUUUCGAGGGUGGAGUUUGACGAUAUCUACCCGUUAAAGUUUAUGUUCCAGGAGAACCCACCACCGAAUGUGAAAUCGUUGGGAACUCCUCUGACGGAAGAUUUCUGCGGCGUGGAGCCGGUGACGCAUCCGCCGAUCGAGGUUGAGACCCGACCUCCUCCAGAUGUUGAUGAGGAAAAGCUGCGGGAUGCGUACGGUCCGGAUACUGCCAUUCUCGGAAGUGUCCUUGCCGUGCUCGUUCUGCUGCUGAUCCUGAUGGGCAUCCUGAUCGGGCGGUACAUGAACCGCCACAAGGGCGAGUACCUGACGCAGGAGGACAAGGGCGCGGACGCGGCGCUCGAUCCGGACGAUGCGGUGGUGCAGUCCACGACGGGCCACCAGGUGACCAAGCGAAAAGAGUGGUUCAUUUAAGUUUGCGCGUGUUUUCAAGCGUGCAGCCAAGCAGCAGCUGUAAAUAAUGUGUUCAGGACACGUGCGCACGUGCGUGGACUUCUUCCGGUUUUUCUUGAGUUCUAUUUUUGGGUUUUUGAAUUUUGGACCGUUUAGUUUUUCUUUUACCUCUGUGCAUCCUUGUAAAGAGCAGCGUCUUUCACAUCACACUUGAAGCAGCAAUUUAAUAGACUAAUCGACAGGCCUUGGUCAGCUUUUGACCAUACAUUUAUUACAAAACGGAACACAUGACUUUACCGGAAAAGCAUUUAAAAGCAUUUUCGAAAGCCACACUGCUGAGCCAAUUGAGAACGAGUAGAGGGAGUUAAAAAGAACGGAAUUCAGUUUUAUUGUUUUCUUUCGAAGAGAUAUAGAGUUAUUUUAUUGAUUUGACCCGUCCAUUAUCGUACUUUUAGUUACUUUUUUUUUACCGAAUUUUCGAAUAUCUUAGUUAGCAUUUAAGAACUUGUAUUAGUUAAAGUGUAUAACAUUCGUUCUCCGCGAGGAACGCAAAUUAUGACGAUCGCCGAAAGUAACCAUUUUAAGAAGUUAAAAUCUAUCCUAGCUUUAGCGCUCGGUUAAUAUUCAGAAUCUCGUUCAUUUUUAAAAACAAAUUUUGUAGCCAUUGAAAGUAGUAGCGAGGUAGCGCGGCAGAAUGAAUCUUUCUCCAUUAUUAGAAUCUCUAACAAAUUCUGCAAAUUUCCACACACAAAAAAAGGUGACAAGCGAAAAAGGCAAGUUUACAUCCGAAAGGCAAGCAAUGUAAAUAGUUUUUGAAAUACAGAUAAGAUAACUGAA